AUGUUCUAUCUAGCAAAUCCUCACACCCGGUUCACUCUGCCUCUUGUUCUGAUGAAAUGUUUCCAGUGGGAAUUUCUAUCCCCAGUUCUACCGCGCCUCUUCCUAAUAAUCUUCCGCUACGCCCAGCCCACGCUUAUUAGCAUCACCAUUGGUUUUGUGCAGAACGAACAUGCGCCGCAUACGCUGACUGAUGCGGGAUACUGGCUUAUUAUCCUUACUGCCAUUAUAUACUCUGGCCUCGCAAUUUCAACAUCUUCAUACCGACACCAACUCAAUCGACUACAAGUAAUGACACGGGGUGCGCUGGUGGGACUCAUCCACGCAAAAUCCCUAAGGGCAGAGAUAUCACCAGUGGAAGACAGGAAGGCUUUAACACUUAUGAGCACUGAUGUAGACAAUGUCAGCACUGUCGCGGAAAUGUUUCAUGAGACUUGGGCUCAAGUGACCGAAGUCUUGAUCGGGACGACGCUCCUGGCAAGGGAGAUUGGGUGGUUCGCAUUACUACCUCUGAUCAUUAUAUUCGGUAUGGUCUGCACUCAUUAG